GCUCUUGUCACGGCUUCACUUUGACCUUUGUUUUUUUUUGUUGUGUUGAUAAUGGCCAUUAAUAAAACUUACAUUAGUAUCGGAUAUGCCUCGUUUGGGAUGCUUAUGGGCUUCUCCGCUUUCCUGGUGUGGAACAUCGUGUUCAAGCAGCCGUGGACUGCAGCCAUGGGAGGACUGUCUGGUGUGCUGGCUCUUUGGACCCUGAUCACCCACAUUAUGUACAUGCAGGACUACUGGAGGACCUGGCUGAAGGGCCUCAAAUUCUUCCUCUUCAUGGGGGUUUUCUUCUCUGUCCUGGCUGUCGUGGCAUUCAUCACUUUCCUGACUGUUGCCAUUCACCAUAAGGAGUCCCUGACUGACCCCAGAAGCCUUUACCUGUCCUGUGUGUGGAGCUUCAUGAGCUUGAAGUGGUCGUUCCUGCUCGCCCUGAGCGCUCACCGCUACCGCAAAGAGUUUGCUGAUAUCAGCAUCCUCAGUGACUUUUAAGAACACUUAUACAUACCGCAUCAUGUAAGUACACAGAACUUGGAGUGAACUUACUGCUGGCCUCACAGCAAGCAGUGAUUAUGGACUUUUUAAGAGAAAUCAGAGGAGAGGAUGAUAUAUUUACAGUGUGGAUAAGCACCUUGAUCUUUGGCAAGUGUCUCCUCUAAACCUUCUUUUGCUUUCAUAAUGUGUGCAGGGUUUGUUGUUGGCUGUGCCACUUUAAAGACAGUCCUGUUUGAAAUGAUCAACAGUGAAUUUUUAUUUUUCCUUACCUUAGCCCGCUUUGCCAUGCAUCUCCAUAAUUGUCUCACAGCAAACUAAAUUAUUUUUAACCAUGACUCAGUGAAGGGAAUUCCUGUGCUAUAACACAGUGGUAAUAAUAAGCUGCAGUUUCAUGUUGUAGCCACUAGAGGGAGUCAUGGUUCCAACAAUAAAACACCAUGAACAAUACAUAUCAUGACUUGUAUCGAUACAUAGUAUUUACAUUUCUACCAAUUCAAUAUAAAAAAUGAAGACUUCUGGGUUUUUUUCACCACGAGUUGCACAUGUGUGUGAUGAAAUCUGCGUAUCACAAAGCGUCUAUCCUGCGGAGAACAAAGCGUUUUAUGGUUGAUGGACCGUGUCAGGGUCCUGCAGAGGAGCAGGUCGAACUUAAAUCCUUGCUGCAUCAACAUGAAUGCUUUCAUGUGCAAGUCCAAAUCAAACCACAUGUUCUAGUUCAAUGUAUCGCAGAACUAUUAACGGGCAUUUGUAACAUAAUGAAUGACUUUUAUAUUGUUUUUAUUUUUGUGACUUACGAACAGAAGUGGGAGUGUAGGAUUAAGCUUCAUGUAUGGCUUUAAUUCACAAUAUUAGUGAUGCCACUCGUGUGCAUUAAUGUUUUAUUGUCCUCGUGAAUGAUGUAUGACACUCAUGUUGUUGCUUAAUGAGAUUACUUUGCCAUAUUUUCUUUAAAUCUACAUCUCUGUACAUGACUAUAUCAGAGAUGAAGCAUUGUGUAUCACCAUGUAUCACCCUGACUGAUUGUAGGCGUGUGUGUUUGUACAAGAGUGUGUCUGAGUAUCACAUUAAUAAAUAUGUUUUUUUUUAUUUCAAA